AGCGACCGAGGAGAUGGACCUGAUCCGGCCGCAGGGCUCCCUGUCGCCCACCACGGCGGCGGCGACAGGAGAGAACCGGUUUGGCGGGAUUGGCUCUGGGAUGGGCCCACACGGCGGACCGGCCAGCCACGAGGACGCCAUCAUCGCAGCGGCUCAGUCCACAUUGGCCGAGAAGGAGCGGCAGGCGACAUAUGACGUGCGGCUGACACAGGCGAUCUGGGAGCUCGCGACGCGAGGGGCGAACCCAGCCGUCGACCUGCUCGUGUGUCUGGAGAGGCGGCACACCAUCGGCUUCCGGUACGUGGACAUUACGAGGCCGGUGGUCAUCCACCACGGCAGCAGGGACACCAGGGUACCCGUCGAGAACGUCAAGUGGCUCGGCAAGACGAUGCGGAGGUGCGAGGUGCGCGUCCUGGAGGGCGAGGGCCACGGGCUCAUGGCCAGCGCCACGGUUAUGGGCACCGUGCUGAUGGAGAUUAGCAAGGAGUGGGAGGACUGGAACAAGGCAACUGGGCAGACGAGGAAGACGGGUGCGAAGUGAAAGAAGAAGAGAAAGAAAAAAAGGAGAGCGAAGAGCGAAGAGGGAGCGCUCGUCUCAGGUCACACGAACGACGAAGUAAUGAACACCACCCUAUAUUAUAUUUAUCUCUCUCUUAAUACUCGACUGAUCUGAAUGAAGACAAUGGUCGCUGCCUCCC